AUGCAAUUCUCUGAUACUCACACUUUUAUUUGUAAUCAUAAAUUGGUACUUACGAAACUUGAAAAUGAUUUAAUGAAUGAGUUUAAAAGCUGUGUAUUUAUUGACGUCGCAUGGAGCUGCAAAGGUAGUUGUAGGGAACCAGAGAUGAUUGAUACCCCACCUCCUUUUAAAAAAGUUCUGGAAACGCUCGUUAAACCUUCCUUCUUAGAAAAAUCGGCAGUGCUUUUCGUUCCUAAGACUCCAGCUUGUAUAGUAACAUUCACUGGCUGGAUACUUGAAUAUCCCGUGGUUUAUGUCCUUGAUUCUGCGCCUGAUAAUGCGGGUGACAUGUUCGAUGUACAAACGACGAAGAAUUGUCUCGGAAGUCAAAAUUUGAAAUUAUAUCGUGCAUUUUUGGAGAAUGCUGAGGAGGUUAACGAUAGAAGGAAUAAAAAUGGUGGCGUGAAUAAUGAACCACUUGG